AUGCCUAGCUCAGUAUCCCAAUUGAAGCAUCAUAAGCUGUCAAACCCGCCGCUGCGGAGACUGGGCCAUCAAUGUUAUUGUCUUAUUGCACUUAUUCUUCUUUCAUCAUCAUCAUCACCAUCAUCAUCCUUCCCUUCCGUCGCAUCCGCUGCCAAUACAAUAAAGGAUACACCCGUCUAUGGCCACGAUGAUGCCAUCUUUGGAGGAAUAGAAGAACAACAAGGCGACAAGCCGUUUGGAAACGUAUUGGAUGCCGGGACUGGACGAUAUUCCCUUCGAUGGCUGUCUACGUUAUCAUUGGGAUCCAAAGGAAUGACACAGCUGACUGCCAUUACGGCAGACGACAAAAUGCUUCAGAGCAUUACACCCCUGGUGAAAAAGCUGGGAAUCGAGGACAUUACAUCUUUGGUAAUUGGCAAUUGGUUUGGUGAGGAGGAACCAAUCCCCUUUGAGAACGAUCAAUCAUUAUUAUUAUUUGAUACCAUAAUUGCCGAUUAUCUGAUUGGCGCCAUGGAUGGAUUUUCACCCUACCAACAAGAUUUAAUCAUACCUAAGUUGGCCAAAUAUCUCAAACCAGGUGGAAGGUUGUACAUUGUCGGCAUGGAACCCAUUCCCGACUCUUCUGUGAAUAAAGAUGAAGAUAUCAUUUGUCAGGUAAAACGGGUACGAGAUGCCUGUUUGUUGUUGGCAGGCCAACGACCGUAUCGCGAAUAUCCACUGGAAUGGGUCACACGACAAGUGGAUCGUACUCCUGGAAUUCAAUUGGUAGCAAGCAACAAAGGAACUACUAAGAUUACUGCUACUACUACUACUACUACUACUACUACAUAUCCCAUUCGCCACAGUGGAAGAUUCAUCAUACGUCAAAUCAACAAUGGUCGUCGAUGGUUAAAGAUGAUCAAGCCCAAAUCACUCGAACAGGAGAUGAAAAAUCUAUUGGACGACUUGGAGAAUCAAGCUCUGGAAGCCACGAAAGAUGGCAAGAAGAUUGAGCUAUCCUUCAACUACGUGGUGUCUGCGGUCAAGUUGGAAGAAGUGAUCAUUGACGCAGCUUUUUAUUCUUCAUGA